CGUGAGGUCAGAGAGUUUGCGACUGCCCACAGUAACAAACAUUGGGAGCUGUUCAAAAGUAAAUAUAAUCGGACAAUAGAAUUAAUACCUGCAUAAAUCUCAGGUGAAUUGCUUACAUGUGUCUUCACCGACAUGGAUACAUAGUAAACAACAUGCAGUUGUAAAUAACAACACAUGGCUCUGAAUAAUGUCAGUCAAACAGAUUAUCCGUCCUUGCUGAAUUCUGAUUGGUUGAGACGAUCUGCUCAGAUGUGUCAUAAGGUCAAAGUGAGUCAGAGGUUUGCUAUAUAAGCCUCGCUCGAUUUAAAUACAACAGACAUAAUAAUUGUAUAGCUAGGGUUGUGUAGUGUACGUGUUACAUUGACAAUAUGAAAAUGGUCCUAGGAAUGCAGUCCUGUGCAUGUAAGGGCAUUCCUAUUAAACGGAAGGACGAGGGACUAGAAGUGAAGUCAGGGAAUUUAUUGUUGAUCCAAUCACAUCAGGGUAGAUCAGUUAGGGUGCCGGUUCACGUUAGAGUGUACCAGAGCUGCUUUGAACAUUACGCAAUCGUCAACAGAGACUGCAAAUUCACGAACAAAGGCAUUUUUGUGAACUUGAAGAAUUCCACAGUGAUACGGACUGAAACACGGGAGUCUGAAUUCCUCAUGGUGCCGGAUAACGUGGAGGGGACCGGAUACACAUUUCAGGCGCGAAACGCCACAGAGGCCGAGGACUGGACGGAGGUGUUACGGGCCAGUGUUUCCCAGGGUUCCCCCACAUCCGCUCACCCCGCCCCGAGUCUGUCCCCCGUUAUCCCCAGAAUGCCACUGAUGCCCACUCUCGCAGAGGAAGAGGAGAGCUGACCUCGCGUGACCUCUUGGAGUGAACUCGGUCAGUGAGGCGUUUGUUGAUUUGACUUCUGCAGAUUGUGUUUAUCAACAUGUUUACAGGCUGCAGUGUGAAGCCGUCAUCGGGUGACAGUGAGGUGUCUACAGACAUUGACACCCUGACUUGUUUACGUGGAUUACAUGGCGGGAAGUAUUGUAAUCCUCUUAUCCUGUAUAACUGUUGUUGAGGCGCGUAAAAUCUCCGUCAGACAGAGGCACGAUGCCAGCACGUGCAGGAUUCCAGUUUUAUCCGGUCCCUUGGGUCUGGAUUGUAACAAAUUCCAAAGACAAAAGCUAAAGCUGUGAUAUUGACUCUAAUUUAAUUUUUUAUUGUUACGUAGUGUGAUUUUGUGCAAUAGUUGUUUUUAUGUUAACAUGAGUGUGCAAUACUUGUUCAUUAAAAUAAGAAAAAUGUU